UUCUUGAAACAAAGGAUUCUUCAAUAUAUACAUGGUUGCAAAUUGUUCAAACCCCACUCCACCCUCUUGGCUCAUACCAUUUACCAUUUUUGUCUUUCUUAAAUCAAUUCAGGUGCUGGAUGAGGUGAAAUCACAUGUGUCAGUACCUGAUUGGUUACAAGUAUCUCAGUAGGCUCUGUCAGUCUCCACCUGUACAUGCCACUUGGACCGGACCCGCAAAAAUAUCGUCAACCAAUAGGAGCACAGACAGCUCAGACUCUCUAACUUGUAUAUAUAUGUAGCUUCUCCCUCUAAAGAACUCACCCAGCCAACCCAUCUUCACCUUUGCUUACAAAUCCUAUGGCUGCUUCAACAAUGGCCCUCUCCUCCUCUUUCACGGGACAGGCGGUCAAAUCCGUUCUGUUUGCACCUGGGGUCGCCGGAAAUGGAAGGGUCUCCAUGAGGAAAACCGCUGGAAAAGCUGCCCCGUCUAGCAGCCCAUGGUACGGUCCAGACAGAGUCAAGUACCUGGGUCCAUUCUCCGGUGAGGCUCCUUCAUACCUGACCGGUGAGUUCCCUGGUGACUAUGGCUGGGACACUGCCGGUCUAUCUGCGGACCCUGAAACCUUUGCUAAGAACCGUGAGCUCGAGGUGAUCCACUGCAGAUGGGCUAUGCUUGGAGCUCUUGGGUGCGUGUUCCCCGAGCUCUUAGCCCGCAAUGGUGUCAAGUUCGGUGAAGCCGUAUGGUUCAAGGCUGGAGCACAGAUCUUUAGUGAAGGAGGACUUGACUACUUGGGUAACCCAAGCUUGGUUCAUGCACAAAGCAUAUUAGCCAUUUGGGCUACACAAGUGAUCUUGAUGGGUGCGAUUGAGGGGUACAGAGUGGCGGGUGGGCCACUUGGGGAGGUGGUGGACCCACUUUACCCCGGAGGAAGCUUUGAUCCAUUGGGACUUGCAGAUGACCCAGAGGCCUUUGCUGAGCUGAAGGUGAAGGAGAUCAAGAAUGGUAGACUCGCCAUGUUCUCGAUGUUUGGGUUUUUCGUACAAGCUAUUGUGACCGGGAAAGGUCCAUUGGAGAACCUCGCUGACCAUCUUGCUGACCCCGUCAGCAACAACGCUUGGGCUUAUGCCACAAACUUUGUUCCUGGAAACCUAAGAAACUCAAGCAACCAACACAAUAAGCCUUUGAUUCUACUACACUUGUUUCUUCCAUCUAGUGUGCUCCUAGUUUCGACUUCUAUGGCUGCUUCAACAAUCGCUCCCUCUUCCACGCCUUUCUUUGGGAGGGUGGUGAAAUCCAUUCCCCCAGCAUUGGGAAUUGCUGGUAAUGGAACAGUCUCCAUGAGGAAAACCACCACAAAAGCUGCGCCAUCAAGCAGCCCAUGGUACGGCCCAGACAGAGUUAAGUACUUGGGUCCAUUCUCCGGUGAGGCUCCUUCAUACCUCACUGGUGAAUUCCCUGGUGAUUAUGGCUGGGAUACUGCUGGUCUAUCUGCAGACCCUGAAACCUUCGCUAAGAACCGUGAGCUUGAGGUAAUUCACUGCAGAUGGGCUAUGCUUGGAGCUCUAGGGUGUGUAUUCCCCGAGCUCUUAGCUCGCAAUGGUGUCAAGUUUGGGGAGGCAGUCUGGUUCAAAGCUGGAGCACAAAUAUUCAGUGACGGCGGGCUUGACUACUUGGGUAAUCCAAGCUUGGUCCAUGCACAAAGCAUCUUGGCCAUUUGGGCCACCCAGGUAAUCCUAAUGGGUGCAAUUGAGGGGUACCGAGUUGCUGGUGGGCCACUUGGUGAGGUGAAUGACCCUCUUUACCCUGGUGGGAGCUUUGACCCGUUGGGACUUGCUGAUGAUCCUGAAGCUUUUGCUGAGUUGAAGGUCAAAGAGAUCAAGAAUGGCAGACUCGCUAUGUUUUCAAUGUUUGGAUUCUUUGUACAAGCCAUUGUGACCGGAAAGGGUCCAUUGGAAAACCUUGCUGACCACCUUGCAGAUCCCGUAAGCAACAACGCUUGGGCCUAUGCUACUAACUUUGUACCUGGAAAAUGAACUUUGUCUAGGUUUUUGUAUCCAAGGUUAAUGAUUGAUUCUUGACAUGUAAUGUAACUUGUAAUUAUCGAAAAAUCCCUUUUAUUACUUAUAUUGAGCACUAAGAAGAGAUGGAUACAAAAUUACAAAUC